GACAUUGACAGAUAACAUAUCGGCCUAGAUAUGUCUACAAUCAAAACAUUUAUAUAAAAAUGGGGACAAAACACCAAAAAUAAUCAAGCCCUCUAACAUACCCCAUAAGAUGAACAAACCGGUGCCCUAGGUUUCAAGAUGCAAUACUAUUCACCGUAUAACGGAUGUCCGAAUAACGAGGCUAACUUUUCUUACACACCAAUUUCAGCGCCACCAGUGUUCCCCCGCUUGCAAAUAGUAGGCGAGGGCGACGUGACCUCGCUGACGCUGCCCGACGGGACACUUCAACUGUACUUCAUACCCGUCUCGCGGAGUACCUGCUUCAACCAGUGGGGCCCCGUCCCAGCACUUUCAGCUUGGUUCAUACGUACUAUUCCUAAUCUUUUUGCAGCGCCUCAGCCGUUCGUGCCGAAUUACCGAGACACUACACAAGUCAGCAACAUCUUUCUAAAAAAUAAUGCAGUAAACGAAGAAAUAUCAAAACCUCAGUUCCAAUUCCACAGUGACCAAGCGACGUCAUCAACAGACUUGCACUGCUUCAGCCAACCGCCGCACAACUUCUGGUACCCGCGGCAAACUGUCGAAACCCAAGCAGAUUCCGGCGGAUCCUGCAGAAGUUGCACCUGCAUGCCAAGCAAUCCUGAAACCCGCUGCAGCGAUAUGUCCAUAGACGGCAAAGAUGAAGACAAAUCCACAUGCUCGUGCCAUAAAAAAGUUAACAAAGUUCGGUUCAGCUCGGACAGUAUAAAAUAUGAUAAGCACUGUGAUAAUUGUAAAUGUAAGUGCAAUGUGACGCGCUAUACAUCUGAUAAGUCGAAUUAAACCCCAGCAGUGCUACGCCCGAUUAUGCUAUAUAAUGCCUCGGGCCGUUUAUGCGACAACUAUACCUCCGUCGAAGUAAUCUGUCCCAUGGGGUAAUAAAAACCAAAUUAUAUAUUAAUAACAGCGGCGUACAAGUGCGAGAUGGUUUCGUACCGCCCAAUGUACCAUCACGCUCCGCGACUGCUGCGCCAUUUAGGGUCCUAGCUAAAUUGGUUGUUCAAUACUUACACUAUAGAAUUCCCAAUUUAGCAAGAACCCUAAAUGGCAUAACAAUACUGUAGAUUCAAUGGAAUUUCAACUCAUAAAUGAAACAAAGUAGCACUUCUUUUGUCUCUUAAUACUUUCAAACAAAAUUAAAAACAACGAUUCAAACUUCCCUAGCCUUACUUUUAUGGUUGGCGGCACGAAGAUAUUUGAAGAUAACACUGCCGCUUCAAAGGGCAGAUGAUUUUGGCGCAGGUAUACCGAUUAAUGGAUGGGACAUUAAAAUGACAGAGGAUGUUGAGUGAAUUUAUAUUCUGUUAUUAUACAUAUACUUUAUCCCUUAACAUUAUGUAUUUACAGUGAAAAUAAAAGUACAGUAAUAAAAACAA